AUUCAUACUCAGCAUUCAUACUCAGUAUUCAGAGUAAGCGAGCAUUGUUAAAGUCUAUUCUUGAUUUGGAUGUUUUACCCACUCUUUUGACGAUGACGCAAAGCAGGGUCCGGUUAAUACAGGUAUCCAUUACCCUUUCUGGCAGACCAAGCAGUUCGGCAGUCGGCGACUUCCGGUCACGUGCGGCCGGGAUUCGUUCAGAUUCUUUAUCUUUUUCUUUGCCAACCCAAUUAAAACCCGGGUUCCAGUUCAGCCGAUUGUCCCAAAACAAAAUAGAAGAAACAAAGUGGAGGGGCAAACGCAGGUCGUGGCCCGGAGACUAAUUUUUAUUUUUUAUUUUGAAAAAAAAAAAUUCCCUCAACUAUAGAAAAUCUGCGUGCGCCAACCGCUCAUUUUACUCCAUUGAGUAAAAGUGAAAAC